UUGAAAUGAGUAAUAAGUAAGUUGUGAUGGAGAGAGGAUGGAAGACUAAUGCUGAAAUAUCACCAAAUUGCCCUCGGUGUGGUUCUUCAAACACUAAAUUUUGUUACUACAACAACUAUAGCUUAACUCAACCUAGAUACUUCUGCAAAGGUUGUAGACGCUACUGGACUAAAGGCGGUUCGCUACGGAACGUCCCGGUAGGCGGUGGUUGCCGGAAGAAUAGAAGAGGAAAGUCUUUAAGAUUAUCAGCUGAUCAUAAUUCCAAAAGCUUUGGCUAUGGUGGUGUAACUUCUGCUGCACGGCAUGUUCAAGGCUUCAAUAAUUCUUCCGUUAGCUCAUCGACAAUGUCCGAAAUUGAUCUCGCGCUAGUUUACGCGAAUUUCUUGAAUCCGCAACACCCGGAUUCCAAGAUUACAAAUUCAUCAUCAGAUUAUGAGAUGCAAGAACUGGGUAGUGAUCCUUUUCUUGAUUUUACAAACACUAAUUUGGAUUCAAAUCUCCAUAAUAGUAAUGAGUUGAUGAACUAUUAUUGUGGAGUGGAGUCAUCAUCUUCAACAAUAUGCAAGCAACAAGAAGCUAGUGAAAAUCACAAGAUUAUUCAAGAAUGCACAAAUCAUGAAUCUAUCAACUAUGAUUUGUUGCCUCCAUUGCCAGGAGAAGAUAUAAUUUUGUGCCCUAAUUCUCAUCAUCAAAAUCAUACCCUUGAAGUCACACAACAACAGCUAGUUCUUGAGCCUGAGAUUCAAGAUCCUAAUGCUACUCUAGUGUUUGCCGAUUGGAGCCCUUUUGAUUUGUCCAGUGAUCAUCAUACUUUUUCAAACAGUUGAUUUGUUGAUAUUAAAAUGUUAU